AUGCCGCUCAUCGUCCUCUCAGGCUAUCCCUGCUCCGGUCUCUCGUACCGCGCCCAACAGCUCGCCUCGCUCCUCGAGGCGACGCAAGAUGAACUCUUCAAAUCCGGCACUAUCCCCGCCUCGAGACCCCGAUACAAGAUACACAUCGUCCCGACGCAUGAUCCUUCACAUCCACGUACCGUAUAUGACAAUGCGAGGACGGAAAAGGAGGCGCGCGGAGUCGCAUAUACGCGGGCCAAGCGGGCUUUGGGCCGGGAUAGUUUCGUGAUUCUUGAUGGGAUGAAUUACAUCAAGGGGUACAGGUAUCAGCUUUGGUGUGAGGCGAAGGCGUUAGGGACGACUUCUUGUGUCGUACACGUCGGGACACCUGUCGAUCAAUGCAUCGCGAACAACGAAGCCAGGAUACGUCGUCGGGACGCACAACAGGAGAAGUCGGAAUCGCGCGACAACGAGCCAAGGGAAUCAUCGACAACAGAAUCGGACCCACAAGUCGAAGCAGAAAGCACCACGCAGACCAACGGCCCCUCUCCCACCACCGAAGACACCGAAGAACCAUACCCCCCGGACCUGCUCAAGAACCUCAUCUUCCGCUACGAAGAACCCAGCACCCACAGUCGCUGGGACAAACCCCUCUUCACCGUCCCCUGGAGCGACCCUGAACCCCCCAUCGCCGAGAUCUGGACCGCCCUAACCGGCAUCCCGCACCCAUCCACCUCCACCGACGCCGAAACCCCCGUCACAACGCUCACAAGUGCCCUCGCAUCCAGCGCUCUUCUCUCCGACACAGCCAGUAUCAACACCUCCGCCACAGCACGCACCCCGCGCACUGCUGCGCUCCAACGCCCAAGGAUCAAACCCCACCAGGCAACCGUCCAACCCACCGCAACGGACUCCUCCGCCCUCUACGCCAUGGAGAAAUGCACCUCCGCUAUCGUCUCCGCAAUCCGCUCCUACACACUCACAAACCCCUCCGCCGAGGCAGCGCUAGCCCAGAGUCCUGACGCCCGCGGCAUUGCAAUCGCCGUUCCCGAGGCGUCGGCGCCUAUCUUCAUCCCGGCGCACGUGGCCUCGUCGGGUACGACGGAUGAGCUUGCCGGUGCAGGCGGCAUCCUUGCUUUACCGCGUCUGCAGCGUCUGCGCAGGCAGUGGAUCGGACUGAAUCGGGCGUAUGUUGGGGUGAACCAUGCGUCGGGGGUCAAGGGCGGGCUGGCGCCUGACCAGGUAGGAGAUGCGUUUGUGAGAUUCCUGAAUGCGGAAUUUGCGGGGGAGAGCGGAGUUUAA